GAGGCGGCUGCCUUUCUCCAACAGUCGUUAGAAUCGUUGGUCGGGACAGGAAGGAAGGAAGGAGGGAGGUCGGGGGUCGCCAUCUUUUCUGUCAGUUGCAAGACUCGCUGAGGGCCUCUGAGCAUGUGGAAUUCCUAACUUCAGAGAUGUUGGCUUCAUGUAGGUGUUGAACAACAUGGGCUGGUUUUUGUCAGCACAACAGCCAACAUGACUCUGGGAUUGUGCUGGCACUGUUUCAGUGGCAGUGACCAGCAACCUUGAAGUGUGCUGUUUGAGCAAGGGGCUGUGAAGAAACUGCCUGUUAAAAAAAAAAACCUGCCUGUAGACGAGUGUCUUUGCAUCACAUCUUUUCUCUGCCAAGUUGCUGACUGCCCAACUCUUUUCCAAGAUGGCGGAUCUAAACCGGCAGCUGCAAGAAUACUUGGCCCAGUCGAAGGGAGCCAGUGGUUCGGCAGUCCCAUCAGUAUCUCAGAGUCCUCUGCAAGAUAAAACGGAGGAGCGUGGGUCAGGCUUUGGAGCUUGGUUUGGGCAGAUAAACCCCUUCCCCUCAACAGAAACGUGGCCUUGGGCGUCUGAGCCAGAGCCAGAGCCAGACCCAUGGCUGCCGACAGGCCUGUCCCGUUGGCAGCGCCUGGUGGGGAGCGUGUUGUGUGUGCUGCUGGCGGUUCUUUGCUUUGGCCUUGCUGCCCUCUAUGGCUCACUCUUGUUGCUCAGAAAGUUUGCAUUGCUUUGGUCUCUGGGCUCAGCCUUCGCACUGGGUGCUGCUGGCUUUCUGCGUGGCCCAAGUCGUCUCCUGGGUGAGCCUGACCGCCGUGGCCUGGCCCUUCUUUACUUGGGCUCUGUGGGUGCUACUCUGUAUGCUGCACUUGGUCUCCGGAGCACCUUACUCACUACUCUUGGUGCUGGCAUCCAGUUAAUAGCUGGCGGGGCCUAUUUGCUGGGCUCAUUGCCUGGUGGCACUGCCGGACUGCGCUAUAUUGGAGGGUUCUUGAGCAGUAUUGUGCGGCGGCGUGUGUCUAAAACUCUCCCAGUCUGAGGGCAGCUGUUGACUGAGCCGUCUCCUGGACAGAGGCCUGUGGGCAUGCAAUGCUAAUAUUCGUGCAAAAGAGUCCUGAGACCUGCUCAAUGCCGAUGCACCACACAGGAUGCAAUCCAAGAAGUCGGAUACUAAUUUUUGAAAACGAAUGAAAUGAAAACAUCCAGUUCUUCCUUUCACAGAAUUGUUGUCUCUGUUCCAGAAGCAUUGUUCUGAUUCUGGAAAAGCAAUUUUGUAUCCUGUGCUCUUGUUCUUUAAAAGCCCGUUUCAUAUGAUCCCUUUCUUUUUACUUUUUUAACACCAAUGGAUUAAAGAACAGGGGGACUCCAUGCUAUAUUGCAGACGGUGAUCCCACAUCCUUCUUUCUAGUAAUCUGGGCUCAUAACAUUAAAAAAAGUAUUCUGAAUAAUGUUCUACUGCACUUGCCCACAUUAAUUGUCUGUAUCCUAUAAUUAUUUGUUAAUCAAUGUACUCUAAGUUUGGUUUAUGCAAGAUACAAUUUUUAAUAAUAAUAACAACUGUGCUUAUAUACUGCUCUUCUAGACAGAUUAGUGCCUCACCCAGAGCAGUGAACAAGUUACUGCUAUUAUUAUCCCCACAAUGCAGCUGGGGAGCUGGAGCUGAGAGGAGGGGCUUACCCAAGGCCACCCACUGAGCUCAUGGCAGGAGUGGGAUUCGAACCAGUAGAGUGCUGAUUCACAGCAGAACCACUUAACCACUGUAGAAACUAUGUAACACCUUAUUUAGAAAAAUACAAAGUACUAAUACCUAAUAUUGAACGUAUUACUGUCAGUCCAGGACUUGUAUUAAAACUUUCUAUUUUUUUUAUUUAAAAAAAUUGAAGAUUCCUGACAUUCAAAGCUAUGUUGGAUCUCUAGUUUAACGAUAUUUUUGAGUACAAUGCUCCAAUGCAACCAUAAUAUUUGUUAACGCAGUUAUUUGGAUUAUGCAAUAACAUACCAACACUUCCAUCCCAAAAUGUUUUACUAAUCCCAUUUCUGUCAUUGCCUUGAAUAAUUCGCGCCAAAAAUAUUCCAGUACACAAGUUUUAUAGCAUACGAUCUCAAUUUACACAGUUGCCCACUUUCUUCCUUUUUAUUGCUUCUGUGGCUACUGCAGAGAACUAGACUAGACUAGAACUGGAGGUGGUUGAAUGGUCACAAAGUUGGUCCAGUUGUGCACAACUGAGACACUAUGACUUCAUUGUUGCCAAAAAAUUUUCUACCCUCUAGAAGUGCAGAAACUGAAGGCAAAGUAUGUUCCACCUGGCUUUAUGUAUGCAACAGCCCUUUAAAUGUUAAACCCUUUUAAAGAAAAAGUUACUUUCACUUUUUGCUUUAGUUUAAAGUUUAACUGCAGUUACUCAGGUUUCUCAGCUCUGCUGUAGCAUUUAAAUAGUUGCUACAGAAUUUUCCUAGAAUACAGUCUUUCGUGUUUUCCUCUUGGGCAAGCUUUUGGUGUGAAUGGAUCUACAAACAAUCACACAGUAUUUGCUUGCUCCUUCACUCCGUUGCCUUGCUUGCCUGGCUGUUCAGAUUUGUUUCAGUACUUGAAUCAGAUGUGGCAGGUUUUGGUGCUGCAUUCUAACGGUUUGGUUAUAAUGCUGGGGAAUACUAUUACGAGAACAUGGUGUAGUGGUUAGGGUCACUGUUAGAUUAGGGUCAGGGAGAACCAGGUUUGAAUCCCCAUUCUGCCAUGGAAGCUUGCUGGGUGACCUUGGGACAGUCACACACUCUCAGCCUAACCUACCUCACAGGCUGGUUGUGAGGAUAAAAUGGAGGAGAGGAGAAUGAUGUAAGCCAGGUUAUUAGGGAGUAAGGUGGUGUAUAAAUGAAGUAAAAUUUGCACCUUUUUGGUAGACCCAAGAGUUGGCCACUCACUGAAAACAGCCUAGCGCAGCCAUUGCUUAAAUGACAGAGAGCCAAGCUACAAGAGACGAAUUAGAUGAGGAGGAGGAGCACGUGGAGGGACUCGCAGUGUUAGCCGGGAAGCUGAGUUUGAAAAGAGAUCAGAAGGGUUAGGGUUAGGGAAAUCUGUUUAGAGGGUUUUUUUUUAUUUUCUCUUCGCCUCUUAGAAGGGGAGGUGAAAUUGACAGGGGAGGCAAAGAGGAAAUUAACAACCCCUCUGAGCCUCCAUAUCCCUGGCUCUGUAGAGAGGGGAAAUUGACAAAGCCGUC